AUGAGCAACAAUGACUUUUACGGUCAAUUACUACGUGGUGAUGAUUUACCCUCACUCUGGUCUGUUGACCUCUCGAUGAACAGAUUUAGUGGCAGUAUAGAUGCAACAUAUUGUUCAAUGUCACCCCUUAUUGAAGUUCUUAAUCUUGCAAACAACUAUUUGAUUGGUGAAGUUUCAGAGAGUUUUGUAAAAUGUUCUUCUCUGCAGCAUCUCUUUCUUAAUGGCAAUCAGAUCUCAGGAACUUUUCCGAAAAGUCUCUUGCAACUGAGAGAUCUUCGCACGUUGAAACUUCAAGAAAAUUUAUUUACUGGAUCGCUAAAUGAUGGAAUUGGUAACCUGUCUAAGCUUGUGAAAUUGAACCUCUCCUUCAACAGGUUUAAUGGAUUUCUUCCAGAUGUGUUUGGCCAGCUUGAAACGCUCGAGCACUUCUCUGCCAGAUCAAAUAAAUUCAGUGGCCAGUUGCCCAAGUCAUUGGUAAAUUCUCAAUCCCUUUUGACUCUUGAUUUGGAAAACAACUCCUUCACUGGUCUAAUCGAUCUCAAUUGUUCUGCAAUGAUUCAACUUACCACCCUAAAUCUUGCUUCCAAUAAUUUCCAUGAUCUGGUAGCUAAUAGUUUAUCAUCCUGCCUAGGACUAAAUAGUUUGAAUCUUUCACACAACCACCUUAGAGGUGGACUACAGUUUGCCUUCAAGAAUCUCCAGUCCAUGAGAUACCUGUCACUCUCGAACACAGGUCUUAUUAACUUUACAUCAGCACUUGCAACUCUGCAAUAUUGCGAAAACCUAACCAUGCUGGACCUUAGCUUAAACUUUCAAAAUGAGGAAUUACCAACUGAUAUGAGUUUGCAGUUCAGAAACCUCAAGGAACUCUUUGUCUCCAAUUGUCAACUAAGAGGUUCAAUUCCAUCAUGGUUGAGUUCUUUCAGCAAUUUGCAGGUGUUGGAUCUUUCACAGAAUCAUUUGGGAGGAUCCAUCCCAUACUGGAUAGGAACAUUUAAAUAUCUCUUGUACUUGAACUUGUCAAGUAACUCCUUGACCGGGGAGAUUCCAGAAGGCUUGACUGAACUACGGAGCCUCAUUUACAUGAACAUCUCAUUGGAAAGUUUAUCAGGACCUAUUCCUGGUAGUUUAUCAAGGAUGACAAGCUUAGAAACCUUCGACUUAUCUCAUAACAAGCUAUCAGGAGAAAUUCCUGAUACAUUGGGAGAGCUCUUUUUUCUAUCAACUUUCAAUGUAUCAUACAAUCAACUGCAUGGGGAAGUCCCUGAAAGAGGGCAGUUAGUGACCGUUCCUUGUACAAGCUUCAUUGGAAAUCCCGGUCUAACCUGUGGAUGGGAUGCCUAUAGUCCACCUGCACAAACUCCUCCCCCUCCUACUCCUGUUGUGUUUCCCAGUGACAAAAUGACAAUCAUGGGCUUGCCAUUUGUAUUUGGCGUUCCAACCGGUUUUGUCAUCACCGUGGGCUUUUGCUUUGUAACUGGCUGGAUUUUUCCAAAGCCAGAAAAAAGGAAGGUUAGAGUAAUUAGAAUCGGCCGCUAG